AUGCCUCAACCUUGUUUUUUUACUGGCAUUCAAGCCAGCGGCACCCUCACUUUGGGAAAUUAUUUGGGUGUAAUUUGCCAUAUUUUAGAAAUACAAGAUGAGUACGAGAUAAUUAUUAUGAUUUGUGAUUUACAUGCCUUAACCAUUCCCAAACCGAACUUUAAUUAUCGGGAAAUCGGCCACGAAAUCGCUGCUUUAUUAUACGCUUGCGGGCUAAAAGAGGAAAAAUGUAAAAUAUUCAUUCAGUCGGAGAUAAAAGAACAUGUCGAACUGGCUUAUUUACUUUCUCCACAUAUUACGGUUAGUGUUUUAUCUAAUAUGAUUCAAUAUAAGGAGAAAAAAAGAGAGCAAGAAUCUGGAAAUUUGGCUUUGCUGACUUAUCCAGUUUUAAUGGCAGCGGAUAUUUUUCUCUACGAUGCGGACUUGGUUAUUGUCGGUCAAGACCAGACCCAGCACCUCGAAUUAGCCACUAAUAUCGCCCAAAAAUUCAAUAAUUUUUACAACAAAAAUCUGCUAAAAAUCCCGAAAUUUACUAUCCCUCAUUUGGGAGCUAAAAUAAUGGGCUUAAAAAACCCACAAAAAAAAAUGUCAAAAAGUGAAAAUGAUUUUCUGGCUCUGUUAGACGACUCGCAAACUAUCACUAAAAAAAUUAAAGAAGCGGAAACUGAUAGUGAAAAUAAAAUCUAUUAUGAUCCGGCCAAAAAACCAGGUAUUUCCAACUUCUUAACUAUUUAUGCUUUGUUAAGUAAGCAAGAAAUAAAAGAAGCCGAAAAAGAAUUACAAAAUCUCAACUAUCACCAAUUUAAACUCAAACUUAUUGAUUUACUUAAUGAAAAAUUGGGAAAAAUCCAAAAAAAAUAUAUUGAUUAUCAACCCAGAAUUAAAGAAAUAUUGAAAAAAAAUACUGAAUACUUAAAAAUUUUAGCCACCCAAAAACUGAACUUAAUCAAAAAAGAAAUAAAAUUUAAUUAA